UGCAUGAAGAAUCCUUUUGUCAGUUCUCAUCCUCAUCUAUCUCUAGUCAAACUUGAAAUGAAUUCAUUCGUACCUCUUUUGUUGUUUACAUUACCCAUCAUCUCAAAUGGACUCCAUUUGUCUUAUAAAAAGUCACAAUCGACUUUCCAAUCUUAUGACAAUGAAUUGACUGAUCAAGUCUGUGGUCGCGAUACUAUCCCAGGAAAAAUGCCAUUCUACGCUUCAAUAGAAGCAGAUGAUCCAACCAAGCAUUUCAAAUUGUGUAAUGGUGUCUUGAUUGCAAAUCGAUGGGUUUUGACUCCGGCCCAUUUUAUAUUCAGUUCUUUUGAAUCCAUACGAGUUGUUCUAGGUGACAAAUGGAACAAAAAAACAAUUGGAGUGGAAUCAGCGCACUUCCUUCCGGAUUUAGAUCGCAAAACACCUAUGAACAAUAUUGCCCUUUUAUUAUUGAAAGAACCAGUUCAGUUCAGUAGGAAUAUCCAACCAAUUUGUUUACCAGAACCUGGAGAAACUUUUUAUGGUCGCUAUGGAACACUGGCUGGCUGGACAGAACGGAAUCCAACAGAGAGAAAAUUACCUUCAAGUAUGCAUACAACCAGUUUGCCGAUUAUAAGAUCUGGUGAUUGUAGAAGAUUUUACGAUAAACCUGAAUUUAUUGACAAAAAUCUCACUGAUUCCUUAUUUUGUGCUGGUUACCCGGAAGGACCAAAAGAUGCAUGUCCUAAACUUGGUGAUCCGUUGAUGGUGAAAGUUCGAAAACAUUGGGUGAUUGCUGGAAUCACAGUGGCUAACAUGAGCUGUUGGAGGUCUCAUGCACUCGAUGCUUACCUUAGAGUUGGAUUUUUCUUGGACUGGAUUAAAAGCACAAUAGAAAAAUAUAAUAGUUGAAAUGUAUUCUGAAAUGAUUUGUAUGUUCACCUUUUUUCUUUGGUAAAUUAAAUAUAAUUUUCAAAAUAUGUUUUAGUCUGCCGUCUUGGUAUGCAAUCAAAAGCUCUUUUUCGGAAAGUGAUUCAGGAAGAUUUGAAAAUGCAUACUGUGAUAAUGGUUUAGGAUUUAAGGAGAUAAAUUUUAGGUUGAGCAUUGGGUAAUAUAAAAUCUUGAAGUCUUUAAAUCAUCUUUUGUGGUCGUAAGCGACGCGAGAAUAAAGGA